AUGAAUGCCCUCUUUGAAAGCCAUCAAGCCGACGCGGUUUUGCGCGUUGCCGCCUACAGUCGCCUAGACUUCAAGUUCGCUCUCAUCGGAUCGCCGUCAAGCGAGCAUGAACCUAUCCGUACUUCCAUCGUCGAGGCUUUUCCUUCGAGCGCCACUGCCAAAAUCGGCCUUCUUGAACGCCUUCCCUCGGAAAUUGUCUGGAAGGUCUGCGCCGCAUUGGACGUACGUUCCUGCUUCAGACUUCGCCAGACGAACCGACGCGCCCGUCAAUUGGUUUCCGGCACGCACGAGUAUCGCACGGUGGCCCAGCACGCGUUGGAAAGUCUUCGGGCCGUGCUCCGGACUUGCCUUUCUCCCCAUGUCACGAUAUCGGCCCUUUAUCAGGCGCUUUGCACGCGCGGCUGCCAAAUCUGCGGUGCUGAGUUUGGCGGCUUCUUGUUCCUCCUCACCAUCACCCGCUGCUGCUUCAACUGCAUCGAAUCAUCGAGCCGUCUACGCCUCGUCAUGCUCGCUGACGUCGCCAAGAGAGCCGGCGUCUCUAGCUUCACGUUGCCACGUCGCUUGGCCGUGUUGCGCACGCUGCCCGGAAAAACGCAGCGACGCCCUUGGGAUCGGAGAAUAUCGGUAGUGUCAUACGAACAGGCUACUGACGCUUUGACUAUGUUUGGUCUUUCUCGCGACAGCGCGGCAUCCUUUUUGUCUGGUCUCAGCAAGAUGCGUACGGAGAGGUACAUGGCCUCGACGCCGUUGCCACUAUUCCAUCGGGCAACAGCACAGGUGGAACACGGUAUCUGCUGCAAAGGCUGUCGAAUCGCUCUCGAAGACAAACUCUACGGUCAAGUGGUUGUCCAAGGACUCGACGAUGAGUCUGUAGAUUUGUGGAACCGCAGUGACCAGCUUUAUUCUAGACAAGGGUAUUUGAACCAUUUCCCAACAUGCCCGCAGUCCAUCAACCUCUGGAGAAGCAGUCAAGGGGGAACUGUCGCCGUCGAUGAGCCAGAGUUUACACGGAGACGCGGUUACAUGGAGACGUGGUCACAUGGCCCAUCUAUGUACAUGACGGAACCACACGACAAUCCGUAUAGACAAUGGAUUUAG